AAAGAAAACUCUUCCGCUCGACUGUAAACAAAACUUCCAGUGUUCAAUGUUCAAGAGAGAGAGAGAGAGUGCUGAGUGCUGACUGAAGAAGCACUGCAUAGAUAGAGUCUGCAAGUCAGCUUUGAGAAGUGAUUGAGAUUCCAAUCUGACGCCUUGCAACAAUGAGUGACCCCAGCAGUGAUGUGACAGUGGCUUCCAAAGUGUCCUUUGCAGAACUUUGUGGUCUGUUAGAAAGGAUACAGAAGAUGCAAGGGAAUGAAAAGAAGAGAAGAGUUCUACGAGAUUUUGUGGAGAAAUGGAGACAGUUUCAUGAUGAGGUCCACAAAGACUCUCCUAAUACGACUGACUCGUUUUACCCAGCAAUGCGACUACUACUACCUCAUUUGGAGAAAGAGAGGAUGGCGUAUGGAAUAAAAGAGCACAUGUUUGCCAAGCUUCUCAUUGAGGUUCUGUGUUUAGGCAAAGAAAGUCCUGAUGCUCAUCGCUUGCUACACUUCAAGGCCCCAAAGACUGCUCGUGCGGAUGCGGGAGAUUUUGCCAGUGUGGCAUACUAUGUCUUAAAAAACCGCUGUCCAGACAAAGGGUCCCUCAGCAUUGAAGAGGUCAACGCAGACCUUGAUGCCAUCGCCAUUGGCAACGCCAACAAAGCCAAGGAUGCGGUGCGGAAGCAUAUGUUGCACCUCCUGACCAAUCUGAGUGCCACAGAACAGAAGUGGCUCAUACGCAUGAUCGUCAAGGAGUUGAAGGUUGGGCUCAGUCAGGCCUCAGUUCUGGCUGUGUUCCACCCUGACGCUGAGGAGCUCUACAACGUCAACAAUAACUUGGAAAAGGUUUGCCGGUUGUUGCGAGACCCUAAGACGCGGGCCCACGAGAUCGGUAUCACUGUCUUCUCUCCCUUUACACCAAUGCUGGGGGAAAGAGCGUCACCUGAUAAGGUUGAAAAGUUGAUGGACAACAAAACAUACUUCAUCGAGACAAAAUACGAUGGAGAGCGUGUUCUGCUUCACAAGGACGGUGAUGAGUACAAAUACUAUUCAAGAAGUGGGAAUGAAUACACUCAUAUCUUUGGGUCAAAUGCCUUUGAAGGGACCCUCACCCCAUAUAUCGCCAACUGCUUCAUGCCUGGGGUGGACAAAUGUAUCCUGGACGGAGAGAUGCUGGGAUAUCACGCUGCCACAGAUUCGUUUGGUACAAAAGGUGAGCAGUUUGACAUAAAGUCUCGAGAUUGUGUGGAGAGGACUGGCUACCAACCAUGUGUCCAGGUAUUUGAUGUACUGCUCCUCAACGACAGAGUGUUGACCAACACUCCACUGAGAGACCGCCUGCCUCUUCUGGAAGAUGUGUUCACACCAGUGAAGGGACGCAUCAUCCGAUCUGUCUAUACCUCAGCCAACACCAACCAAGAGUGUGCAGAUGCUCUGAACGAAGCCAUUGACAACAAGGAAGAAGGCAUAAUGGUGAAACUAGCAGACAGCGUGUACCGACCCAACACCAGGAAAGGUGGCUGGUUCAAGAUCAAACCCGAGUACAUCGGCGGUCUGAUGGAUGAGCUGGAUCUGCUCAUUGUUGGUGGCUUCUUUGGAGUGGGUCAUCGUGGCGGUAUGAUGUCUCACUUCCUGUGUGCUGUGGCUGUACCACCAGCAGAGGGGGAGGAGCCAACGGUUUUUCACUCCUUUUGCAAGGUGGGCUCUGGCUACAGCAAGAAGCAGCUUCGUGAGUUCAACGAGCAGUUGGCUCCGCACUGGAGCGUUUACGACAAGCGCUCUCCUCCGCCACACUUACACCUGGCUUCAGGAUUUAAGGAGAAGCCAGACGCGUGGAUACCUCCAAGCAAAUCAUGUAUAGUGCAGGUGAAGGCAGCGGAGAUUAUCGAGAGUGAACGCUUCAAGACGGGCUGCACCCUGCGUUUCCCGCGCGUGGAGAUGAUCCGAGAGGACAAACCCUGGGACCAGUGCAUGACCACCACAGACAUACAGGACUUUCGGGAGAAAUCUGGCGGCAAACUGACUGGGUCAAGGUUUGAGCUAGGUGAUGAGGUGGAACCAGCCAAGAAGAAGCGAAGAAAAGUUGUGACGAGGGCUGUUCGCCCUACACUGAUGGCACAGUUUCAGGGAGCAGACACGUCAAAGGUCACUAAGAUGUCCGAAGUUUUGGAGGGAAAAGAAUUCUGUGUGAUCAAUGGUCCCUCUAGCUUCCCAAAACAAGAACUGGAGAAGAAAAUUGUGGAGUUUGGAGGAACUGUGGUGCAGAAUCCUGAUGCCUCUACUCUGUGCGUCAUCGUGGAGAAAGUGGCAGUCCGAGUUACUAACUUGAUCAAAAAGAACAAGUAUGAUGUGGUCAGGGCAGACUGGCUCAUUCGGGUCCUCGAGUCAACCAAAUGGAUUCCAUGGUCCCCGGGGGACAUGAUUCACACGACAGCAGCCACAGAGAAAGCUUUUGAGCAAGACUAUGACCAGCAUGGAGACAGCUACACACGAGUCACCUCAGAGGAGGAGCUGAGGGAAGUGUUCCAACGAAUGAAAAACUUUGAGAACAUUGAUCACUCAGAGAUUGCAGAACUGGAAGACGAAUACUUUCCUGAUGAUUCUCCUUUCGGUCUGUUCAGAACAUGCAGAAUCUACCUGGACAGCAACCUUGUCUUUGGUGACCCAAGCACUCAUAUCCCAAACUGUCCCUUAGACUUGAUACGAUUGGAACUGCGGUUCUUUGGUGCUGAAGUUUGUGAGGAAUUGAACCCAAAUGUUUCUCAUGUGUUAGUCAGUGAAAGUGACCUCUCUAGAAUAGACCAGCUGAAGGAGGUGAGACGUGUCAGAGCAAAAAAGUUCCACAUCGUGACGGAAAAAUGGAUGCGGGCCUGCAUGGAGGAAGGCUGUAUUUGUACAGAAAGGAUCUAUGAGCCAUGAAGUCACAGUGUAGUAGCAAUCAUCGUUCUAUUGUGUUGUUCCUGGUGAAGCACUCUGUCCUGGCACUGAUAGUUGUUUAGAGCAAUAUAAUAACGGAUAUCCUGACUUCAAUUUUUGUGGGGGGGGGGGUUCUUUUGGGGGUUUUUUGGAAAACGGGAUGAUUGUAAAAUGUUCUACAUUCCUAUUGAUGCAACGUAGGCUACAUCAAUAUGAGGUUGGGGCUGCUUUAACCGUCACUGUCAGGGAAUACCUGGACUACACAAUAUCUCAGCAGAAAGAAGAAGAUCAGUAAGAUAUCUUUCCCCAUGCAGGAAUCAAGCCAACAUCUUUUACAUAUAAAUCAAAGUGCCUAACCACAGAAGUUGGAGCUCUCCCUUUCUAUUGGUUGUCAAGACUGGUCUCAGAUCUGGACUAUAUUGAUGACAUGAUAUAUAUAUAAAUAAGUUAUAUUGCUCAAUAGGUCUCUCUCACCUGUCUCACAGUCAUUUUCACAAAAUAAUGCAUCUGUAUCAAACAAAAGAUUGUGACACAUUAUGAACUACUGCUAGCAACAUUCUGUAUCAGAGCAUCUGUUUCGAUGUAGACUGACCAAAUUUACCAUUUUGUUUCCAUAACCCAAAAUGACAGAUGAGACACAUGGCGUGUAGUUGUUCAAUUGAAGUUGGACAGUACUGUUUUUGAUGUUUUUUCUUCAAAGUGCUAACAGUUUCUUGAAAUAUGAUUUAUGAAGCAUCACUGGGAAAUCAGGCGCUCGUCAAAAAUGUAAUUGUUCUGCCCUCGGAGCAAUUUUUAUUUAAUUCUGUUGUUUUGGGCUCAAUAGCUUUUGUGUCCACUUAAAAACACAUUUAUGAAUGGAUUUUAUUGAAAAACAUUUACCAGGCACAAAAAAUGUAAAUUUAUAAUUUCCAAGGACAUAACAGCUUCAGAAGUCACGAAACUUUGGUGGCCAUUUUCUUGUUAAUUUACCUCUGACACCAAGCGACCCUCACCUCUUUUAGUCGCUAAAAUCUGAACUUCUAUUUAAAAUCCAUGUGUAUAUUUUUCAUCAAAAGUAAGGCACAUGAAUAGGCUUUAAGAUUAUAACAAUAACUACAUAUGCCCAAAAAUUGACGAGCGCCUGAUUCCACCACGUUACGUCAUAUUCCUUUCUGCUACAAGUUCAAGGUACACUACAUUCAAAGGAAAAGAGAGAUGUCCCUCUCAGAAAAUGUCGGGUUUACUGGUUGUUUUAGAAUUAAAUUUUGUUGUAGCAUGCUUCAUUGUAAUAGAGCUUAUGAUGUCAAUGUUGUACAGUCAAAAUUGUCCAAGACAGCCACCCAUUGUCGAAUGAGAAGAAUGGUUGUCUUAGACAAGUGAAGGUCUUGAAAACAAUGUCAUUAUAAAUGUUUUAAAAAACACAGGGGAAGAAAAUGGGUAGUGGUCAUUUGCACAGAUGAUUGUGGCUAUUAGAGCCUGAUAAAUGAACAUACCCUACGGCCACCCAACUGAUGUAUAAAGCCAUCUGAAAAUGGACCACUUGCUUUUGAUCUGUGAAUAUAGUAUGCGGCAGACGGCAGGUGUGCACCCUUUUGUGCCCUGCACCUUCUACUUCUUUCUCUAUUGACUUAGUUCGUUUCUGUAUUUGACAUUACAUAAUGUAUUUUUUUAUCAUGAUCCGUCUUGCGCUGCACUCUGUUCAACACUGUCUUCCUUUCAGGCCUUGGCCUGGUUUGUGUUAUCAGUGUCUGGUGUGAACUACUUUGUCAGUUUAUCUCUUACAUAACUCGACCUUGACCACAGCUUAACAAGUGGGUUUUAUCAUGGUUUAUUUUUUUUUUCAGUUCCUUUUCUGCCCUAUGUGCAUUAAAGUUAAAGCCAUUUGACAAAUUCAAAAGAAUUUUAGUGUGAUCAUAAGGCUUUGUUCCGUCACAAUGGCCUAUAGUGUUUGUAGCCCAUAGUAGUUAGUCCUAGGCUAUUUUUCAUUCAUUUAUUGUAAAUUUUCUUUCCCACUCGAACAAACAAGUUUCCAAUUUCAUGUGCCAUAAGGGAUACUAAAUGAUUUGAUUGAAACCUCUAAAAACUUGGAUGUUUACAGUCUAGCACACAUAUAAGAAACAUGCCCACACAGGGAACAAACUAUCAGGUCCCAAAUAUUUUCUACUACAUUAUAAUUAUAUUCUUUGUAUUUAAAACCUAUACGUUGCAAAAUUUGUAAAUAAGGAAAAGAUUUCUGCAUCCCGCUGAUUUCACAAUGUGUGUGCUAGAAUUUAUUUUUCUUGUUGAUUGUAAGAAUGAGAUGUACGAGUGUAGGGCCUACAUGAAUUAAAUAAAAAUAACUUUGGUUGUGUCCAUACUUCUGUUGGAUAUAUAUGGACCUAUAGAUCUAGCUGUAUCGUGUCUGGCCUGAAGUAUAUGUACUUGUAUUGUUUUGGCAGCAGUAAAAUCUUACUUUUUUUGUAAUAAAACAAUUUUUGUUACAGU